AUAAUAAUAAUUUUGAAUAAAAUAUUGAAUAAUAACAUUAAAAGAUUGAAAAAUACAAAAAAGGUGUUUAUUUUGAUAUAAAAUCUUUUGAUUCAAUAUUGGAUAUUAACAAUGUCCCUUAAACAUUUCGACUAGAUUAUUAGCAAUAUGAAUAAAUAAUAAAAUUAUUACCUUCUAAUUUUUAAUUAAUAUAAUUAAAUGCAAACUAUGGUUAAAAAAGUAUACAAGUAGUCAAUACAACAAAAAGCCUAGAAGAGAAAUAUUCUGAUUUACAAAGAAUAAAAAAACAAAGGUAUCACCCUAAAGUAGUGUUAUAGAUUAUUAAUAAUAUUAUAAUUAAGAAAGCAAACAGGAAACUUAAUUAGAUUUAGAAAAUAGUCAUAUAUAACAAUAAUAAGAAGGAUAUUAUAAUAAUGAAAUAAACCGAAGGCUUAAUUAUUAAUAUGAUCAUCAAAGUGAGAAUUAAUAAAGUAAUUUUUAAUAAUUAUAAUAAAAGCUUUAAGAAGAUGAAAAACGCAAAUCUAUUCGAAACAAAUAAUAAACACAAAAAGCUAAUAUUUCAAGUGAAGCGUAAAAAUAAAUGCUUGACAUAAUAUAUAAAUUGAAAAAAAAUAAAAAUUCAGAACCUUUUUUAAGACCAAUUUCUUAACAAAAAAAUCCUGAUUAUUAUAAAAUUAUCAAAGAACCAAUGGAUAUUUAUACUGUAGAAAAUAAUGUUAAAAAAUGCGUUUAUGCAAAUUUAGAUGAAAUGGCUAUUGACAUUUAUAAAAUUUUUAAUAAUGCUAAAAAAUAUAAUAAGGAAGAUUCGGAUAUAUAUAAAAAAGCAUAAGAAAUGGAAGAUUAUUUCAAAAAAAAACAUAAUAAAAGUCCAUUAAAUAAUGAUAUUAAUUAAUUGCAAAAAAAAGUUGAUAAAUUAGGAAAAGAGUUAAAAGAAUAUCAUUCUUAUGGAGGAAGGUUUUUUUAUAAAGAAAAUAGAAGAUUGUCUAAAUAAGCUAUUAUGGAAAGAGCAAUGACAUUAGAAGAAAAAUAAUAACUUUCUAAAAGAAUUACUAGUUUACCUUAAGAAUAUUUAAUUGGUGUUUGGGAAAUUAUUACAGAUAGGUAAUUUUGUAUUGCAGAUAUAAAUUAAUUAGAGUUAGAUUUAGAUGAAAUUACACCGAAAUAAAGCAGAAGAUUAGAAAGAUAUGUAAAAGUUAAAUUGGCUUGUAUUAGAUAAGCUAGACUUAAAAAAAAAAAAAAAAGGAUAAGGUUAUAAUAUUUUAUAUUUUUGUUCAUAAAUUUAAAAAGGAAAAAUAGAAAUAAAAUUAAGAUAAUCAAGAAAAAACUGUUUAAUAAGAAAACAUUUAUUUAGAAUAAUAUUAAACAGAUUCUUCAUAUAUCACUGGUAUUUAAUUUUUUAAAUACAAAUAUAUAUAUAUAUAUUUUAUGA